AUGUUGCUAAAUGGGGUAGGGUGGUCAAUACCGCAGUCGCAAGGAAAUAGAGGUGCCAAAAACUUGAUGCCUCAAAAACAAAUAUACAAUCAACAUAAUAAUCUAGUUGAGAGGCAUGUAACAACCUCAACUUUUGCAAAGCAUGAACCUUGGUAUUGGUUCCCCAGCACAGCAGCUAGCUGGGAAGGGCCUGAGUUUCUUGGUCGACCUGGAAAUAUAAAGGAGGAACUUCCAUGGAAAAUCAGAUCAUCUAUUAUACACUCUGUCCGUGCACAUCAUGGAGCACUAAGGUCUUUUGCUGUUUGCCGAGAUGAGUGCACGGUCUUCUCAGCCAGAGUCGGUCCAGGAUUCAGGGGAACUGUUCAGAAGUGGGAAUUGUCAAGAAUUGAUUGUCUAUCUGGAUACUAUGGCCAUGAUGAGGUUGUUAAUGAAAUUUGCGUACUACCAUCCUCCGAAAGGGUAGCUUCUUGUGAUGGAACAGUACAUGUUUGGAAUAGUCAAACGGGGAGACUGAUAUCUGUAUUUACUGAAUUUUCUGCAAAUUCUGCACAUCUUACAAGCCCUUUAGCUUCUGCACCAAAGAUGAAUUUUGAUCAAGCUCAUAUACUCAAUUUCAAUCCACUAUCAAGUGGACUAAUGACUACUGCAUUUGAUGGAAGUUUGUACACUAGUAUGCAUUGCUUGGAAUCCACUGAUAUGCUUGUAGUGGGCACCGGAAAUGGUUCUCUCAGAUUCAUUGACUUCAACAAAGGUCAAAAGCUUCAUCUAUGGAGGAGUGAAUCUGUUGAAUCCAGUUUCCCGUCCCUUAUAUCUUCUAUAUGCUCUUCUGGUUUUGACAAAAUACAAGCCAAUGGAACUGCAGCUUUUCCGUCUUGGAUUGUCGCUGGACUAAGUUCUGGUAAUUGCAGGUUGCUUGAUAUGAGGAGUGGAAAUAUUAUUGCCUCCUGGCAGGCACAUGAUGGUUAUGUGACGAAGUUGGCUGCACCAGAGGAUCAUUUGCUAGUUUCCAGCUCUCUUGACAGGACACUAAGAAUUUGGGACUUGAGAAGGAAUUGGACAUCACAACCCAUUGUUGUCAGAGGGCACAACGAUAGUGUAUCCAGUUUCUCUGUUUGGGGACAAGAUUUGAUCUCAAUAUCCAAAAAUAAGAUUGGGCUUUCUUCUUUAUCUAGAUCGGUUGAUGAGGAUGGGAAGCAUUGCGUCACACCCCAGCAUCUCUACAUGGCUGAUCAUGAAUCAAGGAACUUGUCUGUGUUAUCGAGCAUAACUAUUUUGCCUUUCUCACGACUGUUUCUUGUUGGUACAGAAGAUGGUUUUUUGAAAAUCUGUUGUUAG